GCUGCUCAACAAUCCAUCCUUAUCCUAAAACCCCCUCACGCCUUUGGCCCACAUAGGCUAUAUAAAAUAUCACUCAGUAGAGAUGGCUUGCAUACUUGAACCAGGAAUCGACCAGUCUAUACCUGAUCUAAUUAUCCUGCUGCAGCUCGAAGAUGUCGGUCUUUAUUUCGAAUCUUCUUAAGGUAAAUCCCGGGAGCCCAUAGAUGAGCAAAUUGCUUUUCAGGUACAGAAUGAAGAGCUGGAAAGUAUUUCCCAAUUUCUCUUAGAUAGACGGAUGGCUAUGAAUUUUGCUGCCGCGGUCCAAGCUGAUGAGAAUAUUCUGGAUGAAAGCGUAUUGGAAGAAGAGAAUACAGCUAAAGAUCGGAAUAUUGCCUGUCAUUGGACAGAUAAUGGAUGUUCUCUGGCUCCGGGGGACCACCAGUCAGAUGCGGGAUCGAUGGCUCUAGACGAUGAGACUUUGGAUAAACUCCAGAUCUUGUAUAUGUCUGGUCAAGAAGGCUACAACAACAUUCACUGUGUGGGAAUAGCAAGUGAAGAGACUGAACAAGGUGAAUCAUCUGCUUGGGCAGCCCAACGUGUUCGCCAGUCAAUACCGCUACAUCGCCGUGUAGCGUGCAGAGAAGAAGUGGAGAUUUGUCAACGUCGCACGUGUAUCAUGUUGUCAUGAGUAUCGUCGUUCCUGUUUAGAAGAUUUGUCCAAUGCCUCGAUGACGGUCGAGUCUCUAUUUCCUCCGCGCUGUUGCAGAAAGCCUAUCAACGUGAGCAUCGCGCAUAUUCCUGAAAACUGAUCUCAUACAACGGUAUGAGAAAAAGAAAGUCGAGUUCGAAACUCCAAACAAAACAUACUGCCACUCUCCUGAGUGCUCCACUUUCAUCGACAUAUCACAUAUUGGGCGUGAGGUAGCCACAUGUCCCAAUUGUAGGCGUACGACCUGUGCGAGCUGCAAAGGACGUGCUCAUUUAGGAGAUUGCCC